AUGACUUCGAAAAAGAUCGCAGUAUUGCAUCCAGACCUUGGUAUUGGAGGUGCUGAGAGACUUAUCAUUGAUGUCGCACAUGCUGUCAUGAUUGACCACAAGGAUACAACAGUUUAUACAACACAUUACGACACUAAUCAUUGUUUCCCAGAUACAAAGGAUUUGACCAUCAAAGUUGCAGCUGCUUGGGUUCCACGUAGUAUCUUUGGCUUUGGCCACAUCAUUUUCUCUCUUUUCAGCUUCCUUUGGCUGACAAUUUAUGCUGCACUAACAAGCAAAGCAGAGAUUUUCAUUGUUGACCAAAUUUCUGCUUGGGUUCCAAUCCUUCGUUUACUUUGCCCACGUGCAAAGAUCAUCUUCUACUGCCAUUUCCCAGAUCUUCGUCUUGCAUCUCACAAAUCUCUCAUUAGAAAGAUCUAUCGUCUUCCAUUCGACUUGAUCGAGAAGUGGGGAAUCAAAGCUUCGCAUUUGAUCUACGUUAACUCAAACUUUACAGCAGGAGUUACAAAACAAGAAUUUGGUGACAUCCCAGUUCGCGUUCUUUACCCAUGCGUUGAUACAUCACGUCAAGUAGAGCGUAAGCAAUCACCAACUCCACUCUUUGUCUCAUUAAAUCGCUACGAAAGAAAGAAAGAUCAUAACCUUGCAAUCAAAGCUCUCGCAAAGGCCAUCACUAAGAUCCCAGAUGCUAAGCUUGUCAUUGCCGGUGGUUAUGAUGACAGAGUUACAGAAAAUGUUGAACAUUACAAAGAACUCCGAGAAUUAGCCGAAAAACUCGAACUUACCGAGAAACAAGUCGAAUUACAACGCUCUAUCAGUGAUCAGCAGAAAUGGGAUCUUAUUGCCUCUGCUACAGCUAUGAUCUACACUCCACAAAACGAACAUUUCGGAAUUGUCCCCAUUGAAGCCGAAAACGCCGGAUGCCCAGUCAUCGCUUGCAACACUGGUGGUCCACUCGAGACAUGCAACGUCGAAGGCUGCUUCAUCUGCGAGCCAACAGUCGAUGCUUUCGCUGAUGCAAUGGUUGAAGCCGCUUCGAUGAAGAGCCACGAUAAGGAACUCAGAGAGAACGCUGAGAGAUUCGGUUUCAAGGCUUUCGCAAAGCAACUUCAUGAUGAUAUCCUCAAACUUUAA